UAGGAAGUCAGCUAUUGGGAGAUCAUAUAAGCUGAAAGGAACCUCUUCAAACACUAAUACAAGAGAAAGAACAAACAAAUAACAGCUCACUAAAAGUGAAUUCAUCUGACCAACAUGGAGUACACAUUCAGAGCAGUAACUCACACCCCUGGGAUUAUAAUCUGGAGAAUUGAGAAAAUGGAGCUGGUACAAAUUCCUGAGAAAUCCUUUGGAAACUUUUAUGAGGGUGACUGCUAUGUACUUCUGUCUACACAGAAGAUGAGCAGCUCUCUGUCUUAUGAUAUCCACUACUGGAUCGGCUCACAGUCCUCUCAGGAUGAACAGGGUGCAGCUGCUGUUUACACCAUACAACUUGAUGAAUUUUUGGGCUCCACUCCGGUCCAGCAUCGCGAGGUUCAGAACCACGAGUCUGAUACCUUCAGGGGAUACUUCAAACAAGGAAUAAUCUACAAGAAAGGUGGCAUCGCAACAGGUAUGAGGCACACUGAAACCAACACCUAUGAUGUUAAGAGACUGCUUCAUGUCAAAGGGAAGAAACGAGUGAUUGCCACGGAGGUGGAGAUGAGCUGGAGCAGCUUUAACCUUGGAGAUGUGUUUUUGCUGGACAUCGGAAAGACCAUUGUUCAAUGGAACGGACCAAAGAGUAACAGGAAGGAAAAGCUUAAAGGCAUGAUGUUGGCCAAGGACAUCCGAGACAGAGAGAGAGGAGGUCGGGCAGAAGUCAGAGUGGUUGAGGGUGACGCAGAGAGCAACUCUCCUCAGAGCAUGGAGAUCCUGAAUGAGACUCUUGGAGAAAGAACCUCUAAACUGGCAGACGGACCUCCUGAUGAAACUGCUGACCAGGAACAGAAAUCAAACCUCAUACUGUACCAUGUGUCAGAUGCUGAUGGCGAGAUGAAGGUCACAGAAGUUGCUACCAGACCACUGGUUCAAGAUCUCCUCACGCAUGAUGACUGCUACCUCCUGGACCAGGGAGGGACCAAGAUCUUUGUAUGGAAGGGGAAGAAAUCAAACAAAACUGAAAAGCAGGCAGCUAUGGCCAGAGCUUUGGAGUUCAUCAAAAGCAAAAACUACCCCAUCACUACAAAUGUGGAGACAGUGAAUGACGGGGCAGAGUCAGCUCUCUUCAAGCAGCUGUUCCAGAAGUGGACAGUGAAGGACCAGACUCAAGGUCUGGGUAAAGUUAACACAAGAGGGAAAGUGGCUCACAUCACACAGGAGAAGUUUGAUGCCUCUCUGAUGCAUGUGAUGCCAGAAAUUGCUGCACAGGAGCGAAUGGUGGACAAUGGCUCAGGUCAAGUGGAGGUGUGGAGAAUAGAAAAUCUGGAGCUUGUGCCUGUGGAGCCUAAAUGGCUGGGAUACUUCUUUGGAGGAGACUGCUACCUGAUCCUCUACACUUACUUGGUAAACGGCAAGAAGUGUUACCUGCUCUACAUAUGGCAGGGGGCGUCAUGCAACACAGAUGAACUGGCAGCCUCAGCAUUUCAGGCUGUGGACUUGGAUCAGAAGUACGGCGGUGAGCCAGUCCAAGUGAGAGUAACCAUGGGCAAAGAACCUAGACAUUUUAUGGCGAUGUUCAAGGGUAAAAUGGUCAUCUUUGAGGGGGGCACAUCUAGAAAAGGGUCUUCUGACCCAGAACCUCCCAUUAGAUUGUUCCAAGUCCAUGGCUCUGAC